AUACUUCUUUCCUUCUUUUCAACUCAAAACGUUGAGCAGUGUGCCACGCGCUCCGCUUGUGCUAGCCGAAAAUAUUAAUUUUCGUUCCAAUUGUUCUUAAUCAUGACGGAAACAUUACAACUGCGCGGCCAGCUAGUCGGCCAUUCCGGCUGGGUUACACAAAUCGCGACUAACCCGAAAUAUCCGGAUAUGAUUCUGUCUUCAUCGCGAGAUAAGACAUUAAUUGUAUGGAAACUUACCCGUGACGAUGCCAGCUACGGUAUUCCCCAAAAGCGUCUGUACGGCCAUUCGCAUUUCAUUAGUGACGUUGUUUUAUCUUCCGACGGAAACUACGCCUUGUCCGGUUCGUGGGACAAAACUCUUCGCCUAUGGGAUUUAGCAGCAGGAAAAUCUACACGCCGUUUUGAAGACCAUACUAAGGACGUUCUGUCUGUUGCAUUCUCUGUAGAUAAUCGUCAGAUUGUUUCGGGAUCCCGUGACAAGACCAUUAAAUUGUGGAAUACUUUGGCCGAGUGCAAGUACACCAUCCAAGAGGAUGGACAUUCCGAUUGGGUUUCAUGUGUUCGUUUUUCACCAAACCACACUAAUCCAAUAAUUGUUUCUGCUGGUUGGGAUCGCACCGUUAAAGUUUGGAAUUUGGCAAACUGUAAAUUGAAAAUCGAUCACUUGGGUCACAACGGUUACCUGAAUUCAGUGUCCGUUUCCCCGGACGGUUCUCUGUGUACAUCUGGUGGUAAGGAUUGCAAAGCGUUCCUGUGGGAUUUGAACGAUGGCAAACAUCUGCACACUCUGGAACAUAACGAGGUAAUCAACGCACUGUGCUUCUCGCCGAAUCGCUACUGGUUGUGUGUUGCAUACGGACCAUCGAUUAAGAUUUGGGAUUUGGCAUGCAAAACCAUGGUUGAAGAACUGAAGCCAUCGAAGGCUGAUCCGCCACAAUGUCUGUCAUUAGCCUGGUCCACCGAUGGACAGACCUUAUAUGCCGGAUACUCGGAUAAUAUUAUUCGCGUUUGGCAGGUGUCCGUAUCAGCGCGAUAAGACCGUUGAGUUUGAAUAAGAUUUGUUUAAUAAAAACACAUUCGUAUAUUGGUAUGUAAACCAAUCCACAA